AUGGCUGCAACUGAACAGGAAUCAUCGAAUGAAAAUGAUUCACUUGAAGCAAUAGAACAAAAAAAAUUUCAAUCUCGCCCAGAAACAUACAAUGGUGCUGAACGUGAACUUUAUUGUUGGACACAAACUAUUAGUGAUAUUGAUGUGCGAGUUAAAAUUCCAAAACAAAUAAAAAAAGGCAAAGAAAUCAAAGUUAAUUUAACUAAACAGCACAUCAAAGUUGAUUUAAUUGAAUCUAAUGAAAUUAAAACAAUCAUUGACAGUGAUUUACCAUGGCCAAUACGAGCUGAGGAAUCCACAUGGAGUUUAGUACCUGGUGAAUAUAUUCAUAUUUCAAUGGAAAAAACGCUGGAGCGUUGGUGGGAAAAUUUUUUAAUCGACGAAAAAAAAAUCAGUCUGAAACAUAUUAAGCCUGAAAAGUCUAUGGAAGAUUUAGGUCAAGAAGAACAAAUGAAAAUACAUCAGAUGAUGUAUGAUCAACGUCAAAAAGCGAUGGGUUUACCAACAUCCGAAGAACAAAAAUAUCAAGAGAUAAUGAAGCAAGCAUGGAAUGCAGAAGGAUCACCUUUUAGAGGACAGCCUUACGAUCCAUCAAUAGCUCAAUCUAUUAGAAAAUCUGAAUAA